ACAAAGAACGACGCUACGGGAGUCACCCCAUAUCUCUUAAUGUUUGGGCGAGAACCAAGAUUACCCAUAGACCUGUGCUUUGGUGUAUCCGAGGAUGGAGAUAGCUAUGAAACUCACCAGCAAUAUCUAUCCCGUCUACGAGAAAAGCUGCGGGAUGCUUAUCACUUAGCUACAUCUGCAGCUCAGAAGAAUGCAGGCCGCAACAAACAUCGAUAUGAUGCUAGGGUACGUCUGCAAGAGCUCCAGCCAGGGGACAGAGUCCUGCUGCGAAAUUUGGGUAUUGCUGGCAAACACAAGAUAGCUGACAGAUGGAAGGCAAUACCUUACUUAGUGAUGGAAAAGCUAGGAGACCUGCCGGUCUACAAGAUAAAACCUGAAGAGGGUCCAGGGCAGACCAAAACCGUGCAUAGAAACCUUUUGCUCCCUGUGGGAGAAUUGGUAGGCAGCCCUUAUGAGAUGGGCCACAACAGGGCAACUGGGCAGAACGAAGGUGCUGUACCAAAGCCGCCUUCCAAUGUGGACAGCCGGCCUCCUGCAGCUAACCUACCCCUAUUCGGCACAUCUGACAGUGAGUCUGAGGAGGAAGACACAACCAUGGUGUAUCCUGGGAUGAAGACAAGAUUUCAGUCUCGAUCCGCUGAAUCAGAAGAGAGCACAUCCUCUUCCACCCUAAACCCUAUGGCAGAAGUAUUUAGGCCCAUUCCUGACAUCCCUGAGCCACUGGUGGGACCCCCGUGUAAUGACUUACACAGACUAUUGGACAGUGGUGACAUACAGAUGGAGGAUGUCCAGAGCACCUGCGACCCUCCACUGUUAGAACUAGAAAUGCAGGGGCCUAUGCCAGUACCCGAGGGGAACUCACAGGAAACCUCCCCAUCCAUCACUCAAGAGGAUGUCCCCUCUACCAUAGCAACAGAGAUUCUCAAUAGGCGAGACAGGAAUCUAAAUACAGGUUACUGAGCUGAACUCACUUUGGGCUAAUGGUGCACUAGCACUGGGGCUCCCCCACUAAGAGCUGAGAUCACUAAGAGUUGAAAUCACAAAAAAAGCUGAAAUGACUGAGCUGAGAGCACUGAGUACUGUGCUAACUAGUGGGGGAGCCUGAAGAUAUGCUGUGGAACAGAGCAGCUGGCGGAGU